AUACGGGACAAUUCGAGAAAUGAGAUAAUGUUAGUGCUUUCUAAAGUAAGGAAUUUCAAGAAACGUCAGACGAUUCGUCAGACAUGGGGAGCGAAAACAUUGAUGCUCAAGUACAAAAUGCGAAUUGUGUUCAUUAUGGGGGUAGUGGAAGAUUCAGUGACUGUGCAACGAGUGCAUUCCGAAAGCAAUCGCUAUGGUGAUAUAGUUAUGGAGGAAUUUCAGGAUAGUUAUAGGAAUUUGACAUACAAAGCCAUUGCUGGGUUAAAGUGGAUCUCUAGCUAUUGUUUGGAUGUUACAUAUGUCAUCAAGUCUGAUGACGAUAUUCUCAUUGAUAUGCAUGCUUUAAUGGAAACCAUGAAUUCAAAGGAAGUAAAGAAAUAUGGAACUAGACGGUUGAUUAUGUGCAAUCAAUGGCUUAAAAUGAAAGUGAUAAGAGACAAAAAGAGCAAAUGGUAUGUACCAAAAGAGGAAUUUGAUAAAGAAUAUUUUCCGCCCUACUGUUCUGGUUCCUUGUUCAUAAUGAGUUUAGAUGUUGUUUUUGCGAUGUAUGAUAUGUCUUUGAACACGAAAUUCUUCUGGGUGGAUGACUUUUAUAUCACUGGAUUACUAGCAGAAAAGCUCAAUUUGGAACACAAACGUCUGAAUGACAACUACAUGUUGAACGCUAGAGCUGCUGUUGAAAAGUUUGACAAAGAUGAAAAGCGAGAGCUUAAGUUUUUCCAUGUUCAUAAAUUGACAGACAUAUUCAGAAUGUGGAAGCGUCUACGUUCAGAAAAGAAUCGUUCCUGUGAUAAUUGUUUUACAUGGGUGCCGCCUAGAUGACGGAUGAGCAGCUGCAAUGGACACAGAGGAGUGGAACGAUCAAUAUACUCACCUUAAAUAAAUAUCUCACCAUGCACUCUCUUUUAGCAAUACUUUUAUUAAUGUAUACACCAUACCAAUAAAGCCUUUAACGCUC